CAUAAUCUAUCUUGGGGUAUAUAAGGCAACACAGUUUGGUAUUCACACCAAAAUUCUCAACUCAAAACUAACUGAAUUUCACAGCUAUCUCGUCAGACUUCCCACUACCGGCGUAAUUCAGGCGAAAUCAACCCCAAUUUCUCUCUGAAAUCCCUUCACAACUUAACGAAUUACACCUUAAUUUUCCUGUUUCUUUUCUUUAGAUUAUCUAAAAUGGAAACAGUGUACUUUGAUAGUGAAGAGGAAGAAGAUAACUUCAAUUUUGGCCGUUUCUUUGAAUAUGAAGAGGAAGAAAAUAACUUCAAUUCUGGCCUUUUCUUUGAAUAUGAUGAUAAUGACGGCGACGACGGCUUCUUUGACGACGGAAUUCAAAAUCUUCCCAUCACUUCUCCUUCGUCUGAUUCUCGUUCUCCAUUGUGUCAGGUAAUUACAAGAGAGUCACUAUGGGAAGCACAGAGGGCCGAUUUGCGGAUGGUGAUGGAUCUGUUAUUGGUUAAAGAACAUCAUGCUCGGGCUUUGUUGAUUCGUUAUCAGUGGAAUAUCGACAAGUUAUUCAUCGUUUUUGUUGAGAAGGGUAAAGCUCACUUAUUUGCUGAAGCUGGAGUUACUGUGGUUGAACAUGAUGCUCUAAGCUCGGGACUUUCUUCGACUCUCGUGUGUACUAUUUGCAUCGAGGAUGUUCCUUGCAACGAGACUACACAAAUGGAUUGUGGUCAUACUUUCUGCAAUAACUGCUGGACAGAGUAUUUUAUUGUAAAGAUAAAUGAUGGUAUGAGUAGGGUGAUUAGGUGCAUGGAAUACCAAUGCAAUGAUAUAUGUAAUGAAGGCAUUGUAAGGAAUUUAGUAAGAAAAAGAAAACCUGAACUCGCAGAGAAGUUUGAUCGGUUUCUUCUCGAAUCAUAUAUCGAGGAUAAUAAAAUGGUGAAGUGGUGCCCUAGCAUCCCUCAUUGUGGUAAUGCAAUACGUAUUAAGGAUGAUGCAGUCUGUGAAGUGGAAUGCACCUGUGGUAAACAGUUCUGUUUUAGGUGUUUAUCAGAAAUACACUCUCCUUGUUCAUGCUUGAUGUGGGAGCUUUGGAACAAGAAGUGCAAUAAAACAAACACAUCAAAGUGGAUUACUGUCAAUACAAAACGUUGCCCGUCAUGUGGGAAGCUUGUGGAGAAGAUUGGAGGUUGCAGAACUGUUCAUUGCUUCUGUGGUAGCAUUAUCUGCUGGGUAUGUGGGAAAAUUAAUGGCAAUCUAUAUCAUAGUUGUACACUUUACAAAGCCCCGGCAGAGGUGCAGGAUGCCAACGAUUACCUUCACGGUGUGCUACGUGAUACUGAAGAAGCUAGCUAUCUUGAUACGAUUUCCCCAGAAAGACAGAAAAGUGGUAGUACAGACUCACUCUUGUACGAAACAACGGGGCAGAUUCAAUCCAGCCGAAAGAUUUCCUUCGGCUACCUUCGGUACAUGCACUGUUACACACAUUAUAAGGGCCACAGGAAUUCCAUACAGAUGGAAGCCAUUUUAGAGCAGAAAAUAAACGAUAUUAUGGUGUUAAGUUCUCAAGAAAACAAACCACAAUCUCAAGAUCUUAGCUGGGCCAAAAUCGGAGUCUACAGAUUAAUUAGAUCAAGAUAUAUCCUCUCCUACUCGUAUGUAUUUGCUUUUUAUAUGUUCGGGGAUGAACUCUUUGAGGGUGAGAUGACUGAAACAGAAAGAAUAAUAAAACAGAAUCUAUUUGAAGAUCAGCAACAACAAUUAGAAGCUAAAGUUGUGCAGCUCUCUGAUUUAAUGAAAAAGUCAUUUUGCGAGUAUACCAUAGAUAGUCUGAAACAAAUAAAGAUGCAGGUCAUGGCAUUAACAUAUACCAUUGAUGACCUCUGCAAAAAAAUGUAUGAUUGUAUUGAGAAUGAUUUGCUGGGUUCCCUUCAAUCGUAUACGCACAUUAUAGCUCCAUAUGGAUCAAAGGGAGUUAUUCGAGCAUCUGAUCUUGCUGUUCAUGGUGUUAAUGGAUGUUUGAUGGAAAUGGGUGAAGCAUCAAGUUGUAGAGACUGUAUUGAAGGUCAAGAGCCCUCUGAAAAGCGUGCUAAAAUAUCAUGAGUUCGUGACUCUGCAAGAUGUUUGGACCUGAACUUGGCAAGUGAACCGAGCGUGGUUGAAUGAGUAGAAAACUUUAGUUGAUAUAGCAGAAUGUAGAACAGCAGGUGAUCGAAGAAGAUUGCUUGACUAUUGUUUGUGGCCAUGCCGAGCUGCCCUGGUGCCCCCUUUGCUCCUGUAUAAAACGCGCAUAGUUGGUUUAUACCUUCUCUUUUCUUUUUUCUUCACUUUUUUCUGUCUUUUCUCCCAUUCGCACACACACACACACACCUGACACCACCAAAAACCAUGGCUGAUGUCUGGUACUUGAUUGUCAUUCUCCAAAAUAAAUAAAUAAAUCAUGAUAUAUUUUGCGUUCAAUCUUCAGAAUUUGCAUAGGAAUGAUGAAACUAUUGCCAAAAUAACUGUGGGGAGGUUUGCAUUAUGAAUUAUGGAGUGUUUGGUUUGCAUUAUUGCAAGACGUUUCCCAGCAGCAGUUAUAGUGCAGGUAAAAAAAGAUAAGGAUGAAUUUAAGAUGAUGCAUGUUGGAUUCAUGAGUUUCAGCCACAUAUGGAGAAAGUGCUUCUAGCUUAAUUAGUUGGCUUUGAUGUUCAAAUUCUGCUUGAGAAACUUGCCUAUGUUUUUCGAGGGGAAAGCAAGUUCAAGUUCUUGAAAAAUAAUAAGGCGACUACUGGAUUAUUAGUUACAUUCAAAGUGGUUACCGAAGUAAAACUAGAAGAUGAGAUAUCGUUGGGAAAGUGACUGGUUUUUUGUUGGGUAAGACCGGAAUAAUUGGUUAUCAGAAUAAUGCUGCCUAUGAAGCUGAUCUUGAGGUACGUUUUAGAGAUGCAGAUUAUCCAGGUACAUUUUAGAGAACAAUUAGUUCUGAUAGUCUUUUGUUUCUCUUGCUAGUCUCAUACCAAUUAUUGUUGUCAGUUAUUGGAGAUUCAGGAAAAGGUCUGGUAUCGGUGAGUAAGUAUUACUCUGUCCUACUAGAUGUCUAUCUUCCUUCUGGCAAACUAUAACUAUCCUCCUGGAUCAUCAUCAUCAUCAUCAUCAUGCUGCUAAACUUGUUAUUCGAUCAUUUGCUGAUUAUUUUCUCGAUUGGUACGAUUUCUUGCUAGUACAGGUGGACUAGUAUAACUCACUACGGUAGAAAAAAAAAAAAAACUGACACUCGAAGAAGUCUGAAAGACCUGAUUGCAUAUUAGAAAUCAAGGAAAUCUUCUGUUGCUUAUGAGUUAUGAGUGCGGCUCCUAUCAUGCACAUUCAUCCAGAAACAUAAUCUGCUCUAAAACUACGCUCUGAACAUCAGCACAAGAGUCUGCACAGGUCUGCAUCAGUAUCCUCUGCACAUUUGAAACACAAUGAGCAAACUUGAACAAAGUUCUGCAGCACAGAAACUAGCAGUGAAAUAGCAAUCUAGAUAACCAAAGUAUCUGAUACCCAAAUCCAAAGUGUAGGUGACAUUGGCGAAGGCCCAUAACUGUGUGGGGGCAGACGGGAGGUCUCUUUAGGGGGACUAGUGACGGAGCCAGGAUUUUUGAAUCGGGGUGUUAUUUUUUAAUUGGGGUGUCGACAUGUUAGUAAAACAGUUAUUAGUCCGUGUUAAUUUACUUUUUCUAAUAAAUAUAAGGUAUAAACGUUUUUGUUUUACAAAA